AUGAUUGAAUUAACGGUGGCUGAAUGCCUUCUUAGAGAACCCUUUGGGGAUGGUUCUCACCACACAAGCAUUGUGCUUCUCUGUAAUCACAGCUAUGGUUUUUGUAGUUUUUGUGAAGUACAGAUACACAUUGUUAAGGCCAAUAAUAAGGCUCUCAGCUACACCCUGUUACUGACACUCAUCACUUGUUUCCUCAGUUUUUUGCUCUUCAUUGGCCAGCCCGAUACCACCUCCUGCAUCUUACAGCAGACAGCAUUUGGGAUUUUGUUCAUGGUGGCUCUCUCUACAGUCUUGGCCAAAGCUAUUACAGUGGUUAUUGCAUUCAAGGUCACUCUUCCAGCUAGAAUAGUGAGGUGGUUAAUGGUAUCAAGGGCCCCUAAUUUCAUCAUUCCCAUUUGCACACUAAUCCAAACAGUACUCUGUGGAAUCUGGAUGGUUACCUCUCCACCUUUGAUUGAUCAAGAUGCUCAUGCAGAACAUGGUUAUAUCAUUUGCAACAAGGGUUCAGAUGUUGUCUUCCACUGUGUCCUAGGAUACCUCUGUUUCUUAGCACUUGGGACCUACACAAUGGCCUUCUCAUCCAGGAAUUUGACUGACACAUUCAGUGAGGCCAAGUUCCUGUCAUUCAGCAUGCAGGUAUUCUUCUGUGUCUGGACCACCUUCCUCCCUGUCUACCAUAGCACAAAGGGGAAGGUCAUGGUGACUAUGGAGGUCUUCUCUAUUUUGGCUUCCAGCAUAGUGCUCCUUGGCUUGAUCUUUGCCCCCAAAUGCUACGUUAUUUUUGUAAGCCCAGAUAAGAACUCUUGUCUUGUCAUCAGGCACAAAUAUUAUUCAAGAAGGAAUAGUCAUUUAUAAUUUAGUUGAAGAAUAACUAAUUCUCACAUUUAUUAAGAUAUCCAUGGCUAGAUUAAGAUCUGAGAUAGUAGUGAGGAUAUAGACUACUAGUCUAAAAUUUAUUAGGAUGAAUAAUUAAUUAGGGUUCUGCUAUUAAGGAAUUCUAAACAAAGAACUAACAGCAAUUAAGGGAAAAUGGUAUCUCAGUUAUGCUGCUUAAGAAACAAGAAGGUACAAGAAACCCCUGUCUGACCCAGGGCCUCAGGAUCUGAGAUAACUUUGGAAGUGAGUUAUGAUGUCAAGGAAAAUGGGAUUAUUAUCUUUCGUAUUAAUCUGUCUAUGUAUAGCACUGUGGAAAAGCUUUAGGAUAUUAGCAGACAGAUCGUUCCAAAUGUCUUGUAUAUGUUAAACUGCUUUUGUGUCUCUUCCCUCAAAGCGGAAUCAUGUUUAUAUCUAGUCUGCCGCUCAGGGAUAUCAUGUUAAUAAAAGCUAUGCCCAUAAAGUGCUCUGCUUUUCUUCAGGUAUUUCAGUGCAGAUAUUUUUUUUUA